CCAAACUACAACCAGGAAACGAAUAACACAGCAUUUCUGUCCAACUCAGACACACAACUCCAAUUACUCUACUUUGCAGACUUCCCUGUUUGAAGGGAUUUUAUUUUAUUUAUAGCAAUUGUUAUCAUUUGUGUUAUAUUUUGGCACGUCCAUCGCACCAGAGGACAGCAUCACUUAUUUUUCCCCGGUGGAAGAAGGUCCAGUUUCUCCGCCUGGGAUUGGGAUUUCACAGCACACUGAGCAUCAUUUUGAGUAUUUUGAACACAUUCCGUUUUUGAGUUGGACUGGAGUCCGUUUGUUGUUCGUCCGGGUGGCAAUGAUGGCUACACUACCAGGAACGAUGCCUCGGAUGAUGCGCCCUGCGCCGGGCCAGAACUACCCCCGAACCGGCUUCCCCCUGGAAGUAUCCACCCCCCUGGGCCAGGGUAGGGUGAACCAGCUUGGCGGUGUGUUCAUCAACGGGAGGCCCCUGCCAAAUCACAUCCGACACAAGAUAGUGGAGAUGGCCCACCACGGCAUCCGACCCUGCGUGAUCUCGCGACAACUGCGAGUUUCUCACGGUUGUGUCUCCAAGAUCCUCUGCCGAUACCAAGAGACCGGCUCCAUCCGCCCGGGAGCCAUAGGAGGCAGCAAGCCCAGGCAGGUGGCAACUCCUGACGUGGAGAAGCGGAUCGAAGAGUACAAGAGAGAGAACCCCGGCAUGUUCAGCUGGGAGAUCCGGGAUAAGCUGCUGAAGGACGGGGUGUGCGACAGAAGCACAGUUCCUUCAGGUGAGGCUUCAUCUGUGAGCUCCAUCAGCCGCGUUUUGAGGGCCCGAUUUGGCAAAAAAGAUGGAGAGGAAGACUGUGAUAAGAAGGAUGAAGAUGGAGAAAAGAAAACAAAGCAUAGCAUCGAUGGCAUCCUCGGUGAUAAAUCUAACCGCACAGACGAAGGCUCAGAUGUAGAUUCGGAGCCCGACCUGCCCCUAAAGAGGAAGCAGAGACGCAGUCGCACCACCUUCACCGCUGAGCAGCUGGAUGAGCUGGAGAAGGCCUUCGAAAGGACACAUUACCCAGACAUCUACACCAGAGAGGAGCUGGCUCAGAGGACAAAACUCACAGAGGCCAGAGUACAGGUUUGGUUUAGCAACAGACGAGCUCGGUGGCGCAAACAGGCCGGGGCCAACCAGCUAGCGGCUUUCAACCACCUGCUUCCUGGAGGAUUCCCCCCCACAGGGAUGCCAAAUUUACCCACAUACCAGCUACAAGAGUCCGGCUACCCCGGGACCACGCUAUCACAGGACGGUACUUUGCACAGACCCCAGCCCCUGCCUCCAUCUUCCAUGCACCAGGGAGGCCUGGGUGCCGACAGCAGCUCUGCUUAUGGUCUCUCGUCCAAUCGCCACAGCUUCUCCAGCUACUCCGAUACUUUCAUGAGCCCUUCAGCCUCCAGCAACCACAUGAACUCUGUGGGCAACGGGCUCUCCCCACAGGUGAUGAGUAUCCUGAGUAACCCCAGCGCUGUAUCCUCCCAGUCCCAGCACGACUUUUCCAUUUCCCCCCUGCACGGCAGCCUGGAAAGCUCCAACCCCAUCUCUGGCAGCUGCAGCCAGCGCUCCGACAGCAUCAAGGACAGCCUGGCCUCCUCCCAGUCAUACUGCCCCCCCACCUACAGCGCCACCAGCUACAGCGUGGACCCCGUCACUGCAGGCUACCAGUACAGCCAGUACGGCCAGACUGCUGUGGACUACCUGGCCAAGAACGUGAGCUUGUCCACCCAGAGGAGGAUGAAACUUGGAGACCACUCGGCCGUGCUCGGACUGCUGCAGGUGGAGACAGGACAGGCCUACUAAACCCUCCCUGGGAGGCAACCUGCGCCACUCUCCUCCGCCCUCUGCCACCCUUCUCCAUGCUCCAUCCAGUCUGGACUCCAGCUCGCCUCUUUGCUGCUCGCUCCGCAGCCUGGCCAUGACAUCAGAGCACAGACAAAUUGACGCUUGCGGGUGUGACAAUGCUCUCCGGGGAAUGGAAGUAAACUUUUCACACCAUUGUCAACCACCAGGCGGCUCUGAACCCUCUCUUCUAAAUAUUUGGGUAUCUCUGCCUGCUCCUUGUACACCUCCCCCAGCCCCAUACUCUGUUUUGAUUUGGUCCCAUACAGGACCCCUGAACACCCGAGGAUGGUCGGGUUCCUGUUUGUCAGGGCUGCAGUCCAGCACACAUUUAGAGCCAUCAACAACAUGUACUUUGCCCUUGCUGUUCAUAGUAGUUAACAAAGCCAAUAUCAUUUGAACAACUCUUAUUCUUGUUCCUUUUUGAUAUUGUUAAGAUUAUUGUUGCUGUUAUAUGAUUAUGGUUAAUGUGAUUUAUGUUGUUCUUUGAUUCCAUUCGUAUCUCUUUUCUCUGUUAGGUGUUGGUGUGUAAAACACAGUGUGGAUGACUGAGAUGAUUUGGGAGUAAGUGUCUGUGGCGUGUGCAUGUUUUGUGUGCCGGCACAGUCACACAAAGAGAGGAUGAUUGUUUUCCAAGCUGCAGUUCCUCUGCCUGCUCCCUGAGCUCUAAUGUUCAUGAGCGAUUUGACCUUCCCUCUUUCAUAUUCAUCUUGACAUUCCUAAAGAACUUGGCCACUCUGUGGGAAGUCUGGCUGGAUGGAUUCUGCAGGGAAUUAAAGCAGCGUUUUGGCGGCCAAUAGCUUUCCCCUUCUAACCUCCAUCCCAUCCUUAGCUGCAGUCCAUGGGGAGGGGGGGCAUUGUUUGCAAAAACAGGAUUGGGGAAAUUAAUGUAUUUUGUUUAGAAAUAUGGACCUUGCCAAGGAGGGCUAACUCAAUUUCCCCCCCCCCUUCUAUCCUCCUUCCAAAUCCCAUCUGCCAGGGAACCCUGUGUGACUUUAACAGUGUAAAGCAGAUUAAAUCACACAGAAAUAAUGUCAAAGCUAAUUCACAGUGACCCUCCAAAUGACUAGCCAGUAUUUCUGUGUUUACAGCGUAAUUAGCUAAUUUUGUAAAUGCACCUUCGGCUGGUUUCCGCUCUCAGACUAAGCAAGCAUUCCUUCUCAACAUUCCACCGGAACAUUCCACGAACAAACUGCCGACAUUCCAACGCUUUCUGUUGUGAGAUUAAAAAGUUCACACGCUGUGCCAUUCACAUGCACUCUGGAAAAAACAUCUAAUUAAGUCAGUAACGAAAGGGCACAGGUAACCGCAAUGUUUGGCCCUCCUCUCUGGUUUGGACCAGAGCCCCCCUCUAAUCUUACUCAUUGAAAUGUAAAAAAGAAAACAAUUACAGAAUAGUGGAUAUGAGACAUUUGUGUAGCACUCAUAGUUGACUUUUGACACUAUCCAAGACCAGCUGUUCCCUUUUGAGGUGUGUGUGGUAUUUUCUCUGGCAUCAGUGUGAUGAUGGUGUGUUGUCCACCUUAUCUCAAGACAGGAUUUGGUCCUCAGUCGCCUUUAAAAACUGAAAACUGUACAGUAGCUCGAGCAGAUUGUGUAUCGUUUGUUUAUAAAGAGUAUGUUUUAUACUAAAACACAACUAUGUUGAGUGGUAGGUAAGCAAGGGAUCUGUGGAAGUAAAUGUUUAAUUUGAGUUUCCUUAACUGGCUUGUUUUCCGUUGUUGUUUUUUUAACUGUAUUUAAUCGGUUUACCAGUUUUUACCAAAAGCUUUGUUCUUGUUUUUGGGCCCAGGUACGAAUGAAUUUGUAUAAAUUAGUCAAAUAUCAAUUCCAUUCAAAUGUUCCAAUUAAAAUUGUACAAAGAGGAUCAAACUGAGCUCAAUGGAAAGUGAAAGUUGACACAGGAAGAUCCCUAGACCACGGAGGACUGUUGUAUAUUUGAAAGAUGGCCGGAUGAACCAUCUUCAUGUGUCAAAGCAUUUUCAGGAUCUCACAGACUGAUUAUUAGUGCAGAUCAACCUCGACUGGACAGUGGAUCUGACACUCCUGAACCCCGAGACUCGGUCCACGAUGGUGAUGAUAUAGCUGGUGAACACAGCUUCUCUGCUCUGGGAAACUCUUUUGAGUCUCAUUGGAUCUGUGGACCAAUAAGACUUCAGGAGAAGAAGUCAAAGACUCAGCACUGAAUGGCUGCAGCUCAAACUGCUCCGCUUAGACGCCUCACUUGUGUAUAUUUUAAAAAGGAAGAAUUUUAGAAUCGUCUUUAGUGUAUCAAACCCAUUUCUAACACUUGCGUCAAUAAACAUUUGGAUAUUUAAAGCAUACGAGUCCUUAUCCCCCCUCCAGUCUGUUCGACCCCUAACCUGUUUAGUUGCUUUCUGACAUCUGUGCUUUGCUUUACUCCUUUUUCUGUUCCGCAUGUGUGUAUAUUAUCAUGGUAUAAUUUAUUCUGCUGUAUGAAGUAUUAGAGUAGUGGGAAACUUGUACUGGUAUUUACUACCUUCAGCCUGUUGGUGUGUUUACUGUAACACUGGCGUAACUGUUAUCAAUUAAAGAU